AAUUGAAGAGAAAUUCAGAUGGAUUCACAAAAAUACUCCUGUUGCAUCUGUUUGGAUUUACUGAAUGAUCCGGUGACUAUUCCCUGUGGCCACAGCUACUGUAUGAACUGUAUUAAACAAAACUGGAACAAUCAGAGGAGAAUCUACAGCUGCCCUCAGUGCAGGAAGGAGUUCAUACCGAGGCCUGGACUGGUGAAAAACAUCUUGUUAGCUGAAUUGGUGGAUGACCUGAAGAAGACUGGACUCCUAGCUGCUGAAGCUGAUCACUGCUAUGCUGGACCUGAAGAUGUGACCUGUGAUGUCUGCACUGGGAGGAAAAGGAAAGCUUUUAAGUCCUGUUUAUUCUGCCCUGCGUCCUACUGUGAGGAUCACCUCCAACCUCACUAUGAUGCUCCGUCAUUGAAGAAGCACAAACUAGUGGACCCGUCCAAAACUCUCCAGGAGAACAUCUGCUCUCGUCAUGAUGAGGUGAUGAAGAUCUUCUGUCGUACUGAUCAGCAAUGUAUCUGUUAUCUCUGCUUAAUGGAUGAACAUAAAGGCCAUGAAACAGUCCCAGCUGCAGCAGAAAGGACUGAGAAGCAGAAGGAGCUCCAGGAGAGACGACAACAAAUCCAGCAGAGAAUCCAGGACCAGGAGAAAGAUGUGAAGCUGCUUCAACAGGAGGUGGAGGCCAUCAAUGGCUCUGCUGAUAAAACAGUGGAUGACAGUGAGAAGAUCUUCACUGAUCUGAUCCGUCUCAUCCUGAAAAGAAGCUCCGAUGUGAACCAGCAGAUCAGAUCCCAGCAGGAAACUGAAGUAAGUCGAGUCAAAGAGCUUCAGAAGAAGCUGGAGCAGGAGAUCACUGAGCUGAAGAGGAAAGAUGCUGAGCUGGAGAAGCUCUCAAUCACAGAGGGUCACACCCAGUUUCUCCAGAACUACCCCUCACUGUCAGCACUCAGUGAGUCUACAGACGCAUCCAGCAUCAAUAUUCGUCCUCUGAGAUACUUUGAGGAUGUGACAGCAGCUGUGUCAGGGAUUUGGGACAUACUGCAGGACAUUUUGAGAGACACAUUGACAAACAUCUCACUAUCACUUACUAAGGUAAAGGUUUUAGACUCUGAAACAGAACCAAAGACCCGAGCUGAGUUCCUCAGAUAUUCAAAUGAAAUUACGCUGAAUCCAAACACAGCAAACAGAAAAUUGUUAUUAUCGGAGGGAAACAGAAAAGUGGCCCUAAUAGAACAGCAACAGUCUUAUCCUGAUCAUCCAGACAGAUUCACUCAAAGAUGCCAGGUUCUGAGUAGAGAAUGUCUGACUGGACGCUGUUACUGGGAGGUGGAAUGGAGUGGGGGAAGAGUCGAUGUUGCAGUUUCAUACAAAAACAUCCGUAGGGAAGGAUGGUCAGAUGAAUGUUUAUUUGGAUUAAAUGAAAAUUCUUGGUCAUUAUAUUGCUAUGCAACAAGUUACAUAUUUUAUCACAGAAUUCAAACUUCAAUAUCCGGUCCAGUUUCCUCCAGACUGGGAGUGUACCUGGAUCACAGAGCAGGUAUUCUGUCUUUCUACAGCGUCUCCUCCUGCCUUUCUACAAUGACUCUUCUCCAUAGAGUCCAGACCACAUUUAGUCAGCCUGUUUAUGCUGGGAUUGGGCUUUAUGACAAUGGAUCAUUUGCCAAGUGUGUUAAACUAAAAUAGUCACAAUUAAAAUGAGGUUCAGUUGGUCAAAAUUUGUAUUUUACUUCCAGUUUCUUUAGUAUCGAUCAUUCUUGCUAAGAUCACUGUUGUUUGUGUUACAAAUAAUUUUUUUUGUGUUAGAAAAGGUAAUGGUAAAUUAUCUCC